AAUAGCGAAGAAGCUACUAUUAAUGAUUUGGUGUUGAAACGGUGAGGAUGAGCGGGUUAUUGUGCGGAAUGUAGAAUUAUUAUACGGGUACAUUUGAUACACCUUCCGUGACAGUUAAAGUUUAAAAGUGUUUCAAAUCAAGGAUUUAUUUUAUUGAUAAAAUAUUUGAGUGGCAGACUGUUCGCUGAUUUUGUAAACAUAUAUCGUCAGUGGUUAAUUGAAGAAGUUUAUGUUUUUUACAACGAAAUAAACACUUGUAUAUCAACUGGAAUAUAAUAGAUUUUUAUUUUUAUAUAUAAAAAAAAAUAAAAAAAAUAUCGAACGCUGGAAUUAAUUGUGUAUAAAACAAAAUACAUAAACGGGGUGUUAAGUUAAUAUUGUUCAAUGGUCUAUAGAUGUGCGAAUAUAGUAUAAUUUGAUUUUCCAGGGAGAAAUAUAAAAACUCAGAAAUAUUUCACGAUAAAUAAUUGAUAUGUACUCUCAAGUGAUUUACUAGAAAAUUCAUGAAUCGCAUGAUGGAAAAAUUGUUCUAUGGAGUGACGUUUUUAUGCGAAAUGUGAUUUUAUUGUUUAAAGUAGGAGCUGUCACCAAAAGUAUAACUAAUUGAAAUAUACAUGUACAGAAUUGAUGUGUUAUAGUCUGUCUGUAUUCUAAUCUUAAUUUCAGGAUAUGUAACACGACAUUUCCCUUAACUUUGAAGAAACUUGGAAUACUUGGAAUUAACAUGCAGAUAUUAUUCUUAUAUGAUUUUAAUGUGGAUUGGAGUGCUCUACAAACGGAAUGAAGGGAUUUAGAUGGAAAGAAGAACAAGUAAAAUGAAAGAAACAAUGAAGUUUAAAAAAGAGAAGUUCCUUCUAAUUUUAACUUGCGUUUUGGAUAUAAUCAAUGGAAUAACUGCACUAAAUAUAGAUCAAUGUCAAAAUCAGCUUGGUAUGGAACAGGGUCGUAUUCGUGAUGACGCAAUUACCGCCAGUUCAACACAUAACUACAAAUCUGUGGGACCGCAGAAUGCCAGAAUUAGAACAGAGAAAAACGGAGGCGCUUGGUGUCCGAAACAACUUGUUGACAAAAACUCCUACGAAUAUCUACAAAUCGAUCUUGGUAAACUCAUGGUCAUCACAAAGGUCGAAGUUCAAGGUCGUUUUGGAAAUGGAAAGGGUAUGGAAUACGCAGAAGCAUUUUUGCUCGAAUACCAGAGACAGGAUGGAGGAGAGUGGAUACGAUUCAGGAACAAAUUUGGCGAGGAGAAAUUCGAAGGCAACGAGAAUACUUAUUUAGAAGCCGUGCGUGACGUGUCACCCCCAAUUAUUGGCAAGAGAAUACGGUUUAUUCCUUUUAGUCAGAGCCCAAGAACAGUGUGUAUGCGAGUCGAAAUGUACGGAUGUGAAAGAAAAGAUGGUUUGGUAUCCUAUUCAAUGCGUCAAGGAGAUACACGAGGUUCAGAGACCGACUUCUUUGACUUCACGUACGAUGGUAUACGGGAUAAAAAAUACCUUAACCAUGGACUAGGUCAGCUGACAGACGGCGAAAAAGGAGAGCAUAACUUUCGCCACACGGACAACGAUCUUAAUAUAAAGGGAUACGAAUGGGUCGGAUGGCGCAAUGAUUCAGCGCACGGAGAAGGACCUGUCGAAAUAAAGUUCGAGUUUGAAAACGUCAGAAAUUUCUCGUCAGUAACAAUAAACUGCAAUAAUUACUUUUCAAGGAAUGUGAGAGUGUUUAAGACAGCGUUAGUGUACUUUAGCGUUGGAGGAAAGUACUUUUUCGGUGAGCCGGUGAGGUACGAAUUCGAGCAAGACAAAGUUAUAAACUAUAAUCAUGAAGUUAAGAUCGAUCUUAAGCACAACACCGGAAAAUUCGUGAAGUUAAAACUCUUCUUCGACUCCAAGUGGAUUAUGAUAAGCGAAGUGGAAUUCGAAUCAGUUCCUGUCACUGGAAAUGUCACAGAGGAAGAGGAAAUCUUACCAACGACAAUCCUUGUGCCGACGCCGACGGAGACAGAUAAGACCAUCACUGAUCAAAAUAUCAACAUCAAAGUUGAUGGCACCGACGAUACAGGUGACCAGUUUGAAGACAUUGAUGGAGACGAUAUAGCAAAAGUACCCGGAGAAACAGCGCCUAAAGACGAAGAUUAUAUCAGCAUAAUCAUCGGGGCGCUUGCAGCGCUGAUUGUCAUAUUGACAAUUAUCGUCAUCUUUGUUAUUGUACGUCAUAAACGACGUCAGCGUUUGAACAGGCAGAGUCUGAAACCCGUCUCUGAUACCGUGUUGAAUAUUAACCUAAACAAUUUCCAGAACAAUGUGAAUGGAAAAGUUUCUAACGGGAACGUCUAUAAUGGCGUUUCUACUGAAGAUGAUGAUCAUAUAAAAGAGAUGAAUGGGAAAGCAGUAUUGCCAGUAAGUGUCAAUUCAUACUACUACGAGGAACUUGACGACUUCAAACCACCUUUAAUUGUAGCUCUACCUCCCGUGACGUCACCAGUGACGCCAGUGACGACAUCACAACAUUCCACGUUCAAAGCCAAGCAACAAAACACAAGUAUGAACGCACUAGACAAACCACCAAAUUAUGACGCAUUAUAUGCGGCUUCGGACGUCAUCAGUUCUUGUGUACCCAACAUUCCAAGCCUACAGGGCGUGAGCGGAAAUAACGUAUAUGCUGUACCUAACUCGGAUAUCCUAGUUAGCAGUGUUGACUGUAACCUUGUCGAAUUUCCUAGAAGAAAUCUUAGAUUUGUGGAAGUUCUAGGAGAAGGAGAGUUUGGAGAGGUACACCUGUGUGAGGCAUUUGGUCUCCAGGACUCCUUUAGUGGAGAGUACAUGAUGACAAGGAGGAAGUCGGGUCCAGUUCUGGUGUCUGUGAAGAUACUGAGGAAAACAGCAGACGAUCGUGCCAGGUGUGCAAAGUCUGAUUUCCACCGUGAGAUGAAAGUGAUGUCCAUGUUAAAGGAUCCUAAUAUCGUGCGGGUUCUAGGGGUCUGCACAACGGAAGAGCCUAUGUGCAUGAUAGUGGAAUACAUGAAAUAUGGCGAUCUUAACCAGUUCUUGCUUGACCACUUGCCAGAAACACACAUACAAACUCCAAAUGCCAAAAUACUGAGUUACGGAUGUCUAAUCUAUAUGGCAUCGCAGAUAGCUUCCGGGAUGAAAUAUCUAGAAUCUCUCAACAUGGUGCACCGGGAUCUAGCUACAAGAAAUUGUUUAGUCGGCCCUUACUGUACCAUCAAAAUCUCCGACUUUGGCAUGAGCCGGAGUCUUUACAGCUCUGAUUACUAUAGAAUCGAAGGUCGCGCCGUGCUCCCGAUAAGAUGGAUGGGUUGGGAGUCGAUCUUGCUGGGUAAGUUUACAACAAAGAGUGACGUAUGGUCGUUCGCAGUAACAUUAUGGGAGAUUUUAACGUUCGCACGUGAACAGCCGUUUGAAGGCCUCACUGACGAAGAAGUGAUCUCUAAUGCUGGACAUUAUUAUAGAAAUGAUAGCGAACAUGUGGUGCUCUCCCACCCACCAAAUUGCCCUAAAGAAAUUUAUGACCUAAUGUGUGAAUGUUGGAAUCGACAGGAAAGUGAACGACCAUCGUUUAGGGAAAUAAACAUGUUCUUGUGUAGAAAAAACAUGGGUUACGAUCCCAGGAAGGAUAAUUUGGAUCACGUGAGCUAAAAAGACGAAACAGCAUGUUUUAUUCGUAUGUGAAAUAACAAAGGAAAUCAAUACUGUUCUGGAAGUUUUUGUUAAAUUUGAAAUAUAGGCCAAUAGUGAAGAAACAAUUCUUUAUGUUUUGCGCUCUUCAUCACGGAACACAAAAACAAUGUUAUUGUUUUCACCCGAUGUGCUAUAUAUAAGCCACCGUGCUUGCUAAGGCACGUGCUUAAUGUCGCUUCUGACUUCAAAUUAAAUGUCGUCUGCUCGCUUCGAAACUUUUUUAAAAAAAAUGGUGGGAAAAUGGAUGACGUUGAAAGAAAAUCAGCAAGGUUGUAAAUAAUAUGAAAUAUACACACACACGUGACAUUUUUAGAUAAUCAUGUUAUCUUUAUUCGGUUGUGCUAGAAGUAGUAGAUCACUGUGAAUAUUAGUGAAGAUAUUUUAGGUGAAUUGUUGUUACUGUCGGAACUUACAAACUAUAUAUUCAAAGCAGAUACACUUAUUACUAUAUCAGUUAAAUUAUAUAAGUAGAACAUUUUCAGGUCAGCAUAAAAGCAUCAUUUCCAUGUGAAAGAAAUUUGUAAACGUUCAAAACAAAGUUUAAAAUUUUCAUGCGCCAGAAUUUUACACAGGGCAAAAUACAUUUAUGGCCAUAAAUUGGACAUUUUCCUAGAUAUCUUUAAAAUUCUAACAGAUCCUAAGACCAACCCAUGUAGCUUUAAAAUAAUGUGAGCCGCGCCAUGGGAAAACCAACAUAGUGGCUUUGCGACCAGCAUGGAUCCAGACCAGCCUGCGCAUCCGCGCAGUCUGGUCAGGAUCCAUGCUGUUCGCUAACGGUUUCUCUAAUUGUAGUAGGCUUUAAAAGCGAACAGCAUGGAUCCUGACCAGGACCUGACCUGGUCUGGAUCCAUGCUGGUCGCAAAGCCACUAUGUUGGUUUUCUCAUGUCGCGGCUCAUGUAUUACUUAUUCGUUUUAUUCUUCGUCGUGCUUUAUAAAGCCACAAUGCACGAAUUACCUUAUUAAGGAUUUAGGGGAUCAAACAGCAGACAAUGUUGUUUAGACUUUUUUCAAAUUCUUUUGCAAUAAACUCUCGUUAUCUAUACCAGUAACAUACAUGAGGUGCUAUGAUAUAAUGUUUAAGAUAAACACGUUGUUUUGCUAUGAAAAUGGUACAACUGAAAGUUACAGAUAUGUUUCAAAAUUCAGUCUUUUAAAUUUACUUUAAGAGGAUUUGGCUGGCACCUAUAAAAUAAUAAAUAUGCCGUUCUUUAUUCUUAGAACUGGCUCAAAAUGAUGACCUAUAGAACCAUUGACAUUACUGGUAAAAUGUACAUAGUAAAUAGUUUAUUUAUUGUUUGUAAAUACAAAAUUUUGUCAUAAUAUAACUAAAUAACAGAUUUUAUUGAUACAAUAAGUAUGUGUUAUUUUUAUAACAAUUUUGGUGAUAUUGAUCUAAGUUACAUAUAAUAUUUUUUCGCAUAAAUCGAUAUUGGAGCGUCGCGUGGCUUAUGUAACAACGUAAGUUUUUUUUUCUUCAAAUGUGUUUCUCUUGAAUGUCCUCAAAAUAACACAAACGGGUCACUCAAAAACCGGUUAUACAGGGUCUGCCAUACACGAUUUGUUUUUGUAAUAUCAUCCCAUGUUUGAAGUGCGUCAUUGAUCAAAAUACUUUUUUCUUUUUAGAUGUAUAGGUGUAGAUCUAUAUACAUGUACACAAUUUCCUUUUGCAAGAAAACAACAACAAAAAAAACAGCUACAUUUUUCUUGAAAGACUGAAACUAGUUCUACAUUUGAAAGAUGCAAACGAUUUUUUUUAAAAAAGCAUUAUUUAAGCAGCCGGUAGCAUUAUUGUGAUGCCAUUUAUAACAUGACAUCAUCAUGUAUUAUUAUGACGUCAUUUUACAGCGGGAUUUCUUUGUCAUGACACUUAGCAUCAUUCAUUAUAGAUCUAUGUGAAAAAAGAAAAAAAAAACACUAACAGUUUAUAGACAGGUCUGCAAUUGGCCUUUUAGAUUUCAUUAAAGAUUAACAUGAAAAAUCUUAUGUUUAUCGGUAUUAUCGAUUUUUCAAUACCACCAUAAAAUAAUUCGUGUGUCAGUAAAUUAAUUUAUUCAUAAAAGUGGUACAAUUUUUUAUUAAGAGUCUUCUGUUUUCUUUAAUGUUGUUAUUGGUAUUUUUGAAAAAAAAAAUCAAUAUUUUCAGAAAAUCGUUGAUAAUUGGUCGAUGUUGUAAAUUUCUGCAUCAUUUCAUUAACCAUUGAGAUGGAAUUCAGAUGUGUAUAUAAUAAUGUAAUUGUAUGAAAUUGCUAAACUAUUAGCUUUUGUACAGUCAAGUUAUAUAAUAUUUGGAAUAUCGUUUAGUGAUAGAAAAUGUGAUAGAUUUUACCUAUUCUGUGGAUAAACCAUAGAGUAUCUAGGUUUUCCAUGAGGGAUGAAGUCAUUCCUUAUUUAGAGACUGACAUAUACUAGUACAAGGCUGAAUGUGAAACUUUCUGUAUGCCUAUAUAAAUGCAUUCACAUUAGGUUAUAUUUCAUAUGUAAACACAUGCUAAAAUCCUGCUUUCUGAUAUACCUUAAAUCGAAUAAAAGGGAAUUCUUUAAAAUCCGAAAUUAAUACAAAAUUUUAUGUGAUGUGAUUUUGAAGAAAUAUGGUAACUCAUUCAAAAUACUAUAUAUGAUGUCGUCGUGACGUCAUUUCUUGAUUUGAUUUAUUCAAGAAAACAUUCAAUAGAUAAGAAAUUCGUUCUUAAGACCUCAUUCAUGACAUACAUUAUUUUGACGUCAUUUCUGAUAUCAUUAGGUACGUCAGUUUCAGUUAAUCAAGAUCGGCAAAAUUUGGGGGAAAAAAGAUCGGCAAAACUUGGAAAUUUGUUCAUGGCCCUUCAUUAAAUUUCAAGGAAUUGUUCUCAGACGAAAGUGGAUUAUCAGCACGUUUUGCCUCUUGGCGAAAUUCAAAAUCGUAUAUCAAAACAACAGACUGUUUACAAUAGGGUGCGUUUGUUUCACAAACCAAACUAAUCUCAUUGCGUAAGUUUGAUUUAAAUCGUUGAGGGAAUGUUUAUUUUCUCCAGGUCUGGUAUUUUCUGGGCAAGAUUACCACACAAAACUUCUCCCUUUUGUUUAAGCACUAUUUAUUAACUUUGCGUUGAUUUCUAAGCCAUGGGAUUGUAAAUAUUAUAGUUACGUUUUAUGUACUGGACAGUCUGGACUUUUGCAGUCAAUUAUGCUUCAGACAUGUUUUUUUUUCUGUUGACAAAAAAGUAAUUUUCUCAAACAUACCAGGGUGAUUACUUAUUCAUAGAUACUUCUUAUGUCUAAGAAUUUAGACAGGAAAAGAAGAGAUGGAUUAAUGCUGACCACAUAUGAUUUGCCAGACAAGGGAAAUGGCACAAAUUAUAUUUUUUUCUCACUUUGCUAUUAGAAAUACGAUUUCUAAUGAAUGUUAUCUAAUUGCCGGCGCUUUUGUCUGCAGCUGAAGUAAUUUCUGUAAUUUUUGUUAUUAUAUAACAGUAUCUCUUGAUUUCAGACUUAAUAAACAACCGAAACACAAAUUAAACCUGGUAUUCUCGUAACGAUACUGUUAUAAAUGAUUAUGUCAAUUCUAUGAAAGUUUUUUUGUAGUGUAUUUGUGUAAUUUUUGACUUAGAAAUGGUUUAUUGAAUUGCCAUAGAUCUAGUUAUCUCGAAUUAACAUUUUUUGUGAAUAUCUGUGUUGUUAUUGUGUAGUGACGUCACAUUUGUGACAAUAGCGCUCCGGAAAUGGCGUAAAUUAUCCAAUAUAGCGCUUUUCUGGAAGUGACAUGUAGAUAUUUAUUUCACAAGGUUGUGACAUCCCAAUAACUAACGAAUAUUGUUCAUGCCAGGUUCCUAUUGAUAUUUAAAGUGCUUCAGGUCCUAAGGUGGGGUGAUAUAUAAAAUGUUGCUCGUUUUAUUUCUCUUUUUAUGAGUUAAAACGCAGUAGAAUAAUCUCAUAGGAUUUGUAGCACUCUUGUCAAGUUGUGUCUCUUGCUAGAAUGACCUUAGGACCUCCUGCACAUGCGUAAAUGUUCAUUGAAUAAAUGCAAAUAUUAUUUAAACCUGUGAAUCUUCACAAAAUUUGUUUAACCUUUAGCAUGCUAGGUAAAUUUUGUCUGCUGGAAAUGGCGUCUGCUAAAAUUGUUAAGUUCAUUCAAUUUGCUCCAAAAUUGGAAGAAAUAUUGUCAGAGUAGCAAACAGCUUGGAACCUGAUCAGACGCCGAUUUAAUCGGCGUCUGAUCUGGUUCCAAGCUGUUUGCAAAGGCUGUUAAAUUCGCCUGCAGCAGGCUAAGGGUUAACGGUCAAUUUGUGUACAUCUCUUUCUGUUUAGUUUUAAUUUUCAGUAUAUAACUGCAAGACAAUCUGCAGAUUGACUAAUGUCUACACUAUCAAUUGACUAUUAUUUUUUCUCAGUUUCUGUGUUAAAAUAGUUUUAAGUCUCGUAUUAUUUAAUGUCAUUAAUACGGCGUUUUUUUGUAGCUCUUUGUCAAAAGAAAUAUAAUUGUAUUGCUCGCUUGUUUUGUAACAGAAAUUAUAUUCGUUUUUUUCUGUAAUGAAUGUUUGAAACUAAGUUUCAAAAGAAAUGUUAAGGCUAAGAAAUUGAAAAUUGCUUGUUUUCUCUAACUCCUGUUCAUUUCAGUUUGAUAUAAAAAAACUAAACUUAAUGUGCUAUUUUUCUAUAAAUACGUUUCUUAGGUAGAUCUAAAUAAAUACCUCAAGUUUGAACAUAUUUACAAUAAAUUAAUUCCAAAUCACUUUUAAGUUGAAUUACAAUUUUUUAUUUUAAACUGAUAAUAUUUUCGAACUAAAUCUGCUUCAGUAUGACGUCAUGGGAAACAAGCAAUAUUUUCUAUUUUUAUCCCUGUGAUUAGGAUAGUAUUACAUUGUGUAGGUAGAACGACAUCAGUUGUUCCUCUGUAAAAAUUUGUCUCUUGAGUAAACUUCGUUCACAUGUUUUGUUAAUUUGAAUAUAGUUUGCCUGUGUGGGGAAAAAGAAAUUAUUUCUAUAUAGAAACUAUUUUUACUAAUAAUAAUUUACUUUUUAUAUUACAGUUUAUUUCGUUAUAUAAUCAGUUUUACUGCAGUUACUGUUAUCGAAUAGGAAAAUGACCGUCUAAGGAAGAUAAUUUGAAUCUGAAUGUGCAGUUUAGAUUUGUCACAUAUUUUCGCGACGUAACUUAUUGUAAGCGGUUUUUAAAGAAACAUUUUGUUUGGGGUAAAUUACUUGCCUUUCUUAAAUUUAAUGAGUUUUAUAGUUCAUAUAAUUAUCGACCUUUAGCUUACUGGCGGCAAGUGAUUCUGCCUUAGCGGCCAGUGCGGGCCAAGAUCAGCUUACACGUCCGUGCAGGCAGAUCAUGGUCUACACUGUUCGCUAUUCAGGUCAGUAAAUUUUCAGUGAACACCCCUUUGAUAAACAAGUGGUAUUGCCCAAAUUAAAAGAUGGAUCAGUCCAUUUUAGAAAUUUAGCAGGGUGAAGGUUAAUGAAAGAAUACUGAACUGAAAAAAAUCUAAUUUUGAAAUUUACACAAAGGACAAAUAUUUAUAUUUGGUUGUUGUUUUUUUUGAAGUUGUUACAAAAUGUUAGAGGUUUAUUCUUUGACGCACGUGGUCUGUCUGUUCGUCUUAAUGAUUAUAAGUUCUCCCUGGACGACAAAUGUUCAUUAUUUAGUAUGUGUGUCAGUCCAAACUGGCAAUUAUUUUCUAAAUAAAAUGUUAAAAUUUA